AUGCGGGCAAUUCUACUGUUAUGUGUUCUCAUCACGUGUUAUCUAGUUUUUGCUGAAGAUUAUUACGAGUUAUUAGGAGUCGAUCGAGAUGCAGAUGAUAGAACGAUUCGAAAGGCUUUCAAGAAAUUGGCUAUCAAAAAACAUCCAGACAGGAAUACUGACGACCCGAAUGCUCAUGAUGAAUUCGUAAAAAUCAACAAAGCCUACGAAGUUUUAAAAGAUGAAAACCUGCGAAAAAAAUACGAUCAAUUCGGAGAAAAAGGGUUGGAAGAUGGAUUCCAGGGAGGAAAUAAUUAUCAAAGUUGGCAGUUUUAUAAUGAUAAUUUCGGAAUUUAUGAUGAAGACCAGGAGAUCGUCACUCUAAAUCGAGCGGAUUUCCAAAGGAUGGUUUCUGACUCAAAUGAGAUUUGGUUUAUUAAUUUCUAUUCAACGUAUUGUUCUCAUUGUCAUCAAUUGGCGCCAACGUGGCGUAAAUUCGCUCGAGAAAUCGAAGGAACUAUCCGCGUGGGAGCUGUCAACUGUGCCGAAGAUCCACAAUUAUGUCAAUCCCAACGUGUCAAUGCUUAUCCAUCUCUCGUAUUCUACCCAACUGGAGAAUUCUAUCAAGGGCAUCGUGACGUCGAAUUAAUGGUGGACUUUGUGAUUCAGAGACUGAAAUCAGAAGUUCUUCAUUUGAACUCUGAGAAUUGGAAAGCGUUGAGUGAAGACUGGGAGCCGUAUAACAGAUUACCCUGGAUUGUUGAUAUGUGUGGAGGGGAUAACAUAGAAUGUUUGAGUUCAAAUACGAGACGAAAACUCUCCUCAAUGCUUGACGGACUUGCGAACGUAGCAACGAUAGACUGCAAUUCUGAAGAAACUUUGUGCUAUAAAUUCGACUCGUCGCCUGGAGUCAUGUGGUUCCCAGCUAGAAAAUUAGAGAAGAAGAGUCAAAUUAAUAUCGAGAGUAUGGAUGCUCAAGAGAUUUCAAAGAAAGUUAUCGAGUACUUGGAUGAAUUACCGAUGAUUGAACCUGAGAGUUUGCAGAGAUUGUUGGAAGGAAACGAUCCAGAUGAGGCGAUAGCUGUUUGGAUGUUGGCAAAUGAACGUCAAGCGUCCGAGAAGAAAGACUUCCGACGUCUCCCAGCUCUCGUUCAAAAUCAAAUUUUCUCUUUCGACUGUUCAAAAUCAUCAGAAAUCUGCGACGACCUAGUAGAUAAGACUAAACUUCCACAGUUUAUUGUGUUCAAAACAACUGGAGGAUAUGAAAUUGAUUAUGCCGGAGCAAAAGAUUUCCACGCAGCAAGCACUUUCAUUCGAGAAGCUUCGAACUCUCAUAUCCACGUUUUGAAUCGAGAUUCUUAUGAAUAUGCGAUCAGUGGGGGAGAAUUCUAUAUCAUCGAUUAUUUUGCACCGUGGUGUCCGCCAUGCAUGAAACUUCUUGGAGAGUACCGUCGAUUCCACACUUCCACUUCAGAAGAUUCAAUUCUUCAUACUGUAGCCAUAGGAUCUCUCGACUGUGUCAAGUAUAAAGAUCUCUGCCAGACAGCCGGAGUUCAAAGUUAUCCAACAAGUAUCGUCUAUACUCCAGAUGGAAAAACACAUAAAAUGGUUGGAUAUCAUAAUGUUGAAUACAUUUUGGAGUUUUUGGAUAAUGCAAUGAACCCAUCUGUUAUGGAAAUGAGUCCAGAGCAAUUCGAAGAGUUGGUUGUGAAUCGAAAAGAUGAAGAGACGUGGCUUGUUGACUUCUUUGCUCCUUGGUGUGGUCCCUGUCAACAGUUGGCUCCAGAACUUCAAAAAGCUGCAAGAGCAAUUCAAUCGUUUGAUGAUAAUGCACAUGUUGCUUCGAUUGAUUGUCAGAAAUACGCACAAUUCUGUACAAAAACCCAAAUUAACAGUUAUCCAACAGUCAGAAUGUUUCCAGCAAAGAAAACGAAGCAGCCAAGAAGGGCAGCGUUCUAUGACUAUCCCAAUCACAUGUGGCGAAAUUCUGAUUCCAUCCAAAGAUGGGUUUAUAACUUCCUUCCAACUGAAGUUGUUACUCUUGGCAAUGAUUUCCAUACGACUGUUCUUGAUUCUACCGAACCUUGGAUUGUUGAUUUCUUUGCUCCAUGGUGUGGACAUUGCCUUCAAUUCGCUCCAGUUUAUGAUCAAAUCGCUAAAGAAUUGGAAGGAAAAGUUAAUUUCGCCAAAGUGGACUGUGAUCAAUGGCCUGGAGUGUGUCAGGGAGCCCAAGUCAGAGCUUACCCGACAAUUCGUUUGUAUUACGGAAAGAGUGGAUGGUCUCGACAAGAUGUUAUGGGUUACGGUAUUGGAACACAGCACAAGGAGCAGUUCAUUCAGAUUGUGAAGCAGCAGUUGAAGUUGAAUGAGGAGCAUGACGAGUUGUAA